AUGAUAUCUGGGACAGUCCAGCUACCCUCAGAAGUGGGUCAUAAUGGAUUAAAUUCGGCGUCACUUGAGAAUUCCUCGAUGAAAGCGGCCGCUAGCGAAAAAGUGGCGAGAAGUCCUCAAUUUCGAAAUCGAAGAGAUGAGCACGCACACAAUAUCAAGGUAUAUGUCCGAUGUCGGUCUAGAAACCAACGAGAAAUUGAUGAAAAGAGUAGUGUUGUGAUAUCCACCGCAAGCCGAGGUGCCGGUCGGGAGCUGAUGCUGAACGGAAGCAACGGCAAGAAAGCCUACAGCUUUGAUCGCGUGUUUGGGGCAGAAAGCGAUCAAGAGGCGGUGUUUGAAGAAACUGCUAAAACCUAUAUCGGUGAAAUGCUAAGAGGUUAUAACUGUACCGUAUUUGCAUACGGGCAAACAGGUACGGGAAAAACAUACACGAUGAGCGGCGACAUCAAAUCGAUCAGUCCAAUUGACACGUCGCAACAAUCCAUACUUCUGAGCGAACACGCAGGAAUUAUCCCACGAAUAUUAGUAGAAUUAUUCAAACAGCUGCCUCAGGAGAGCAAGGAUUUUUCUGUAAAAGUUUCCUUUCUCGAACUUUACAACGAGAAAUUGAGAGACCUUUUAGCAUGCAGUAUAAGAGGUUCAGACGAAGAGAAACAUACCGAUAGAUUUGCAGCAACAGAGACCAUCAGAAUUUACGAUAACAAUCACAACAACGCCAAAAGCAAUGAAUCCUCGAUAACUGUGCGUGGGAUGCAAGAAUUGUACAUUAAAUCGGCGCAUGAGGGUCUUGAACUUUUGAGGGAGGGCUCUUUAAAAAGGCAAGUAGCAGCUACCAAAUGCAACGAUCUCUCUUCUAGAUCACAUACUGUGUUCACUAUCACAACCAAUACUACCAAAACAGAUCCUCUUUCAGGUAAAGAGUUUGUAAAAGUUGGGAAGCUUAAUUUGGUGGAUUUAGCUGGAAGUGAAAAUAUAACGAGGUCUGGUGUUGGAGCGGAGUCUAUGAGGGCCCAAGAGGCGGGAUUGAUCAACAAAUCACUUCUUACUCUUGGAAGAGUCAUUAACGCUCUGGUUGAUCAUUCGCAACACAUACCUUAUAGGGAAUCGAAGCUGACGAGACUUUUGCAGGACUCACUUGGAGGCAAGACCAAGACCUGCAUCAUUGCUACAAUCUCACCAGCGAAAAUAUGUAUGGAAGAGACAAUUAGCACGUUAGAGUAUGCAACGAGAGCGAAAUCGAUAAAAAAUACUCCGCAAAUCAAUCAGUCUAUGGCUAAGGAUUCUUGUAUUACAGAAUAUAUUCGCGAAAUCGAUAAACUACGUCAGGAAUUGAGGGCAACGAGGGAUAAAGAAGGAAUAUAUGUCACACAGGAACAAUACGAUCUCUAUGAGAGUAAUUGUAUACUAGUAGGGGAACAAAAGGUGAGAAUGGAUAUUCUUGAAGAACAGAUAAAAGGUUUCAAAGAAAAAUAUGUAGAACAGCUGCAGAUCUCAAGAAAAGCAGACCACAAGGUGAAAGCAUUAGAACAAAAUUUUAAGGUGUUAAAGGAUGAAAAACUAUCUGUCGAAAGUUCUCUCAAGACCUUGCAAGCGCAGUGUCGAUGGUUUGAAGUAAGAAUCAAUGAAAUUCAUGUUAAUAACAUUCAGAACUUGGAUUUACUAAGAGAAGAAAACAAAAAUUUAGAUCGAAUGUUGAAUGCCAAGAUUGAAUAUAUUACUAACGUGAACGAAAUUAGAGAGAAUGAAGUUAAUUCCUUAAAUUCAAUCAGAAGCUCUCUCCAAACAAGCCAUCAAAAUUUCCAAGACUCAUUAGUACUUGCAUUUGAAGAACUCCAGAACCAUUCUUCAAAAUUGAAAAAUGAAACCGACCUGCAUUUUAAAUCUCAUAGCGAAACGAAAGAUUUGUUGGCCAUCUUCGACAGCCUUGAAGAAAGCAUAAAGAAAAAAUUCGAAGAAUUACGACCUCAAAUGGACAAAGUUAAGAACACAGCGCUUAGCUGCUCGCGAGAGGAUAUCGACGAUAAUAUCCAUGCAUUAGAAACUCACUACAGGAACUUAGAGCGUACUCUUUCUUUAGCAUUUGAAAAGUUUAAGAAAUAUAUGUUUCAGGAGUUCGAGCAGGCACAGUGUAAAACUAAAGCUCAACAUAAGCAGCUAUUGGAAUUGAUAGACAAGGAAAGAAUAAAGGUAAAAAAAUUACAGGAAGAAAAUCAGAAACUAAUUAGAAGUAGAAAUGACAAGGAUGAAUUGUCAAUUCAGCUUAGUACUCUUUUCGGUGACAAAAUUAUGAAAACAAGGCAAGCGAUUUUUGAAAAUGUUUUGGACGCUGUUAGGCAAGCGGAGCUUGAACAUAAAGACCUGGAUACAAUGAUUUUGUCGGAGUCUUCGCGGCUACUGACAGAUUUUGAAAAACGUAAAAAGAGGGAGAGUCAGGCCGGCCUCGCUAAAUGCACGGAGAGUUCUCUCAACGCUUUUGAAGAGUUAAGAGUUUCCGUUACUCAAAACGGUGAAAAAUGCGAGCGAGCACUGAAUGAAAUGACUUCGUUGAUAAAUAAAGAAUGCUCCACGCUGCAGUUGGAUAGAACGUUAUCGAGUGCAGCAAAUUUUAUCACAAAUGAGUUCAAAGAUAGAGAGUCUGAUAAGGCCAACUUCAGAAUCCAGCAAGUUAUCGAAGAGAUUGGCAAUUUGCAGUCCAACUUGGCUGAGUACUACAAAGAGACCUUAUCAGGUGCUAGUAAUAACGUGAACUCUGUAGCUAAAAAGCUCGAGGAUAAAAUCAAUUUAGUGUAUUCACAAGUUCAGUGUAUGGACGAGUAUGUUUCUAAAGAGCAAAGAACUUGCAUCAACAGGCUUAAGGAUGAAUAUCGUAGUGCUUUAUUUGAGAAACUUAGUGGCAUAAGCGACAUAGCCUUGAAACUCACUCAGAAAUACGAUGAACAGACAUCGAAUGACGAGACUUCAAAGCAGGCCCAGCACUUUUCGGAAAUAAUUCGGGAACUACCUCAACUUCUGCGGGGAGCUCUCACAGAGGUUUACAAGGACGAUUUAUUACGCGCAUCACGUUGUAAUCAGUUUGAUGGUACAGAAAUUCAGUAUGACACUACAGACCUCUCUACAACUCACUCAUCCACCAAAGUUCUCAACCCCAAAGAGAUAAAUUUAGUACUCCAAGGCACCCAAGUUUCGGAUUGUUCGUCCGAUGUUUUGUCAAAACCUAAGCGAAGACUGUCAUCUUUCAUUCCGCAUGGUGAGGAGAAUCAAGAGAGCUACCAAACUGAACUUUCAACGAAGAAGACACAUUUGUAA